AUGGGCAUGCUCGAGGCGGAGCAGCAGAUGUGGGUCGCCAACCAAAAGCGUGAUCUUCUCGAGCUGCGCCACCGGCAGAUCCAUGCCCGCGUCGAUUUGCUGAACCAGCUGAACACUCAGGCGAUGCUGGUGGCGGGCUCGGCGGUCGCCUCGCUUGGAGGCGAAUCGCUGGAGACCAUAGACGCCGUUUGGGCCACUGCGACCGUGCUCGACUUCAUCUUUGUCGCUUCGACCGCGGCUACGCUCUGCUUCUCCCUCUGGGUGAUCUUCAUCUCUUCCAACCUGAUUAUGCUCUCACAGAUGACGGCUCUCACUGGCCACUCGGCCUACGACGUCAAGACUGCCGACGAGAUCCUGGAGCGGCGAAUCAAUCAGGUGCGCUCCUUCUACCUGCUCGCUCUCGUGACUCUGCUCGUCAGCGCCCUCUCGAUGGUCUGGAUGAACUGCACGCACUGGAACUCGCUCAUCUCGACAGUCAUCUUUGCCGUUGUCGUCGUGCACGCCGUGCACACUCUCCGGGAGACGUCGGCCGAGUUCCAGAGGUCCACCAGCUUCGAUGGCGGGGACGACACGCACCUGUUGCAGUGCAUCAACUCGGCAUGGCCCCCGGGCUGCUGCCGCCGCCGCGACGCGCAGCGGGCGCGCUCUGUGCGCUUUCACGGGAGGAGGGAGAGGGUGGCCAGCGGCCGUUCUCGCGCUGGCCGCCCCGAGGGCAGCAGCGCAGGCCGCCGAGAGGCGUACGGUGGGUGGGUACUGAAGUCCAAGCCGCACGCGGGACCGCUGCGCAGCAAGGUGCGACCCAGCGCGAUCGACCUCUUCCGUGCCGCGAUCGCCGCAUCCCGCCCCAUCGGCCAACCGAGCGACCGCAGCGCCCGCCACGCCGCCGCAGAGCCGCGAGCAGACGGCGGCGAGGAGCACGCCGCCCGCUCGGCGCACCCGCCGUUCCUGCCGCCCGCCGGCCCGCUCCACGAUCGCUGCUGGCUGGUUUUGCGCGACACGACGCUGGCCUGGUACAACAGCGAGGAUGAGCACACCCUGCAAACGCCGCCAAAGGAGGUGGUCUCCCUACAGGGCUACAUUGUUCGCGAGACCAUGGAGCCGGAGCCGUCAUGCGGCGCCGCGCUGAUCGUGAUGCCGCGCUCCGCCCUCGCAGCAGCCACGUCCGCGGUCACGACCGACCAAGCGGCGGCGCUCGCCCCAAAGUCGUGGUACAUGCGUGCAGAGACAGACGAGGAGACGCGGCGAUGGCGGGAUAUGCUGAACGUCGCGAUCCGGCAGGCCGCGCGUCCCGCUCUGGGGCAGAGCGGCGCAGAUGCACAGCGCGGACCCGGAGGCGUGAUUGGCGGGGCGCUUCUCUAGAGAGCCGUGAACUAAAAAUGAAACUCCGAGCUGAAAUUCGGCUUGGGUCUUCGCAUCAUCCGAGUUCUCUCCCGUGUCGUCCUGUCGAGCUCAACUAUUGAGUAUGCUGUGCCUGUCCAGUAGUACCGCUAGACUAAAGCCGUAUGUUCGCUGUAUGUGAUACUCC